AUGUUCACCGAAAACGACGUCAAAAGCAUUUUUUCUCUCUUUCCCCCGCAGACUAGCCCAGAGUUUAUACCACAAUUCGCCCUAGCCUCCAGUGGUAAUGGCUUCGUUACACUUCAGUUUGCCCAGGCACAAUUUCGAAGUCGUGUAACAAGAGAGUCGGAACGAAUUUCAAUAUCUGAAUUGGCUAGCGAUCUGGACAUUAGCACAACUCUUGUACACCAACUUGCGCGGAGCCAUCCAAAACUAUGUCUGUUAAGCGCAGAUCAAGAAAACAUCAUUCCCAUUGACGAGCGAGACGCGCUACAGAAAAAGCUUGCCGACUUGCUCUCUUCCGGAGUGCACUCCAAGACCGAUUUUGUUUCUCAACAUGACGUGUGGCCCAAGAGUCUUGACGCCUUACUUGCAGAUCAAACUCAUGAUAUUACAGACAUAGAUGGCUUUAUGUGCGCAAGGGCUUACGAGAGUGAGAUUUCUAGCAACAUUACCAAUAGAGUCAAGCAGGCACUCGAUGAACCACAGACCAUCACCAUCUUGCCAGAAGAUCUGCCUGGCAGUCCCCCAGUAUGGUUCAUAUUCCGACCUUUAGAAAAGGCGCUGGAGUCUGAAAAUCUCACAUCCCAAGUUUCUAUCGAGCAAGACCGGAACCGUGUAACUUGUACGCCCAAGAGACUUGUAGAAUCAAAACGCAACGCAACAGUCGAGGAAUUGAAAAGCGGUACAUUGGAGUACUUGGAUCUAAGACAGUUUGCCACAGACUACUCAGAGCUAGUCCCAACCUAUGAAGACGUAAUAUCUUACUUCCAGGACGUUAAAGAAGUAGAAUUACUGGACUCUUUUGCUGUGUCAAAGCCAUGGAUGGCACAAAUUGGGCAAGACUGCAUACGGAUACUCGCGCAAGAAGGCUCUACAUUAGAUGUCACACAAUUAGUUGGCCCGUGUCUGCCUGAAGCUAUCAUGGAUCCGAUAGUCGCCAGAAUCAAAGAUUCUGUCGUCAACGCAUUCGCCCAAAGACCACAAGGAGAAAGAAUCGUCCGCGCUGGCCACUUGAUCCUCACCGAAGCCCGACGAAACUGCGCACUAGACGAGCUAUCCAGCUACGCAAAAGCAGAUGCAAAAUCGCAAUGGCAACUCCUCCGCGCCGACCCCACAAGAACCGACGACAUAAAAUUCAACCGCGACAGAGUCCGAAACUCGAUACCCAAACAGUGUCUCGUCCAGCGCUUCCUUGCCGAUGAAAAGCCCGUAGAAAAACUACUCGAAGAAACCUUCCUCCAGACUCUUGCAUCUCUUGAACUCCCAAACGAAGCAGAAUUUGCAACCUACUGGACCGACCGCAUCCUCGCGCGCUUCCAAGUCUACAAGACCGGUUUGGGCCAUGUGUCGGAUCAAAAACUCCACGACCAACUUGCGGACUUACUCGCUACCUACGCACACAAAGACCUCAUCCCGGACACGAUUGCCAAAGCGCGCGCACAGGGACUCGUACUCAGUCGCAAGACGCGCAAGAAUAUAGCUCGGCUAUCUAGUAUCCUUGACAUAGCAAAGGCAACGGACAUUAGCGGCAUCACGUCUGCACUGGAGAAAUUUGCAAAGAAACAAGGUAUUCCUGCACCGUCAGCCACAAGUUUGGAGACUGCAAAGCAGAGUAUGCUAGAUGACAUGUUGAGGAGGUUGCAAAAGCAGAAAGCGUCGGAUGGACCUGUGCUGUUCUUGAUGCUGGUGAUUGUGUUGUUUGCGCGAUACUAUGAUGGCGUUGUGUAUGCUACGGGGAAGUUUGCGCCCAAGCUGUUGAAGCUGUUGAAAGGGAAGAUUGGGGACGAGCAGUACGGGCAGGUGGAGAAGUGGAAGGAGGCAGCUAAGACGAGUAGUUUGAGUGCGGAGGAUAGGGCAGAAAUGGUGAAGAUGGCAGAGGCGAAGCAUGUUGUUUUUGAAGGAUGA